AUGGGUGGCAAGUCUAGCAAAUAUGACAACAAUCUGGUGCACGACAAUAAAAUGGGUGAUGAGUCUAGCAAAUAUGACAACAAUCUGGUGCAGGACAAUAAAAUGAGUGGCGAGUCUAGCAAAUAUGACAACAAUCUGGUGCAGGACAAUAAAAUGGAUGGCGAGUCUAGCAAAUAUGACAACGAUCCGGACAGGAUGUUAUGCGACCAAACAUCACCACCAGCAAAGUUACCAUUUCAGUAUCUGAAAACGAUCACAAACAACUUCUCUGAUACAUAUGCUAUCGGGAGGGGUGGUUCGGGUGUGGUAUACAAGGGAAGGAUGAGUAAUGGAGAAUUCGUUGCUGUGAAGAAACUUCAACUGUCAUUGCCGAGCUUUCAGAAGCAGUUUGAGAAUGAGGUGUGUCAUCUGAUGUACCUUAAUCACCCGAAUAUAGUGCGACUUCGAGGGUACUGCUACGAAACACAGAAUGUAUUUGUAGAGCACAAUGGGAAUUUCGUCUGUGCGGAGAUGUCAGAAAGGCUGCUUUGCUUGCAAUAUUAUCCUAAGGGAAGCCUUGCUGGUUAUAUUUCAGAUGAAUCUUCUGGACUUGAGUGGGACACCCGGUAUAACAUAAUUGUCGGUAUUAUCUAUGGUUUAAAGUACCUUCAUGAGGAAAAAGUUAAGCCCGUGCUCCAUAUGGACCUAAAGCCGGCCAACAUAUUGCUGGAUGAUGCUAUGAAGCCAAAGAUUACAGACUUUGGUCUUUCAAGACUACUCGAUCAACAGCAAACUUUAAGCACUUCAAGUCGUGAUGGAACACUGGGUUACAUGGCACCAGAAUACCUACAUGCAGGUACGGUCACAGCUAAAUCAGACAUAUUCAGUUUGGGUGUAAUAAUUUUGGAGGUAAUAACAGGACACAAGGACUACCCAGAUGUUACAAGAACAUCCUCCGAGAGAUUUGUGGAGCUUACCCUUGAUAAAUGGAGGUCGAGAAAUCCAUUGAACAAAUCACCAGGCUAUAUACCGAAAAUAAGAAGAUGCAUUGAGAUAGGUCUAGCAUGUGUGAAUCUUGAGCGGAAGGGAAGGCCAUCAACAGGCGAGCUUAUCAAGUUGCUACAAGGAAGAAUGACGCUAGACGAGGUAUAG